GACAAAGUCUUCAGCUGCAAUUGGCCUGGAAUGCUGCUUCGCCAAGCACAGUGACAACAUAUUUGGUUCCUUGACAAGACCACAAUCGGAUCCCAAAGAUGUGCUCCGCAAACCCAGGCAACUGGGUCACCUUUGACGAUGAUCCUACUUUCCAGUCUUCUCAAAAGUCAAAGAUUUUGCCUCUGGAGAAUCAAGGUGUCUGCAGACCCAAUGGACUUAAACUGAACCUUUCUGGCCUCAAGGAAUUUCCCAGUGGGCCUUCCUCUACCAGCAGCACCCCUCUCUCCUCUCCCGUUGUAGACCGUUACUUCAGUCCAGGACCUCCAAGUAACUCCCCUCUUUCUACACCUACCAAAGACUUUCCAGGUAUUCCUGGCAUCCCCAAAGCAGGGACUCAUCUGCUUUAUCCUAUUCCAGAAUCUUCGUCAAACAGCCCACUCACAACACCGGGAGCAGGUUCCUCUUCACUGCCUACUAAACCCACCUGCUUAUCCCAAGCUUUCUUACCCAGUGGCCACCCAUGUACUUAUCCAGCUCCCAAAGUAGGUCUUCCAGAUGAAACCAGCUCUCACCAGGCUGAAAGCCUGGGGUUUCAAAGUGAUAAUGCUCCCCAGUUUCAGUAUUUUCAGGAGGACUGUGCUUUUUCGAGUCCGUUUUGGAAAGGUGAAGGCAGUGUUUUCCAGUUCACCUUUGACCCCCCAGGAAGCAGAAAGAUAUUCUCAUCAAGAGACAAGGAGAUACUUAUUGAUCAAAAAAGUCUGAAUAAAUGUUCACUUAACUAUAUCUGUGAGAAGCUUGAACAUCUCCAGUCGACUGAGAACCAAGACUCUCCCGGAAGUCUGUCUAUGCGACAUGUGUGUGCUCAAGACACGGCCUCUUCCUUUGUGCCCCGUGCGCUCUUCAGGAGUCAGCCCAAAGUUGGUUGGUCUUUCAUGCUGAGAAUUCCUGAGAAGAAGAACAUGAUGUCUUCCCGGCAAUGGGGUCCAAUUUUUCUGAAAGUUUUACCUGGAGGAAUUUUACAAAUGUAUUAUGAACAGGGAUUAGAGAAACCAUUUAAAGAGUUACAGCUUGAUCCACAUUGUAGGCUUUCUGAACCCAAAGUGGAGAACUUUAGUGUGACAGGGAAAAUCCAUACUGUGAAGAUUGAACACAUGUCUUACACAGAAAAAAGGAAGUACCAUUCAAAGACAGAAGUCGUUCAUGAGCCAGACGUAGAACAGAUGCUGAAGUUAGGGUCCACAGAGUACCGCGACUUCCUUGACUUUCUGACUACUGUGGAGGAAGAGCUGGUGAAGCUGCCGGCUGUUUCAAAGCCAAAAAAGAGCUACGAGGAGCAGGAAAUUUCCUUGGAAAUUGUGGACAACUUCUGGGGCAAAGUAACAAAAGAAGAAGGAAAAUUGGUCGAAAGUGCUGUGAUAACUCAAAUCUACUGCCUCUGCUUUGUGAAUGGGAACAUGGAAUGCUUUUUAACCUUGAAUGACCUUGAGCUGCAGAAGCAAGAUGCGUGUUAUUUUGAAAACAACCCAGAAAAGAAGGGGAUCGAUAUUCUCGACUACCAUUUUCACAAGUGUGUGAAAGUACAAGAAUUUGAGCAAUCAAGAAUCAUCAAGUUUGUGCCCCUGGAUGCCUGUCGCUUUGAGCUGAUGCGUUUUAAGACUUUGUAUCAUGGGGACAACCUUCCCUUUUCUGUGAAGUCUGUAGUGGUCAUCCAGGGGGCGUAUGUGGAACUCCAGGCCUUCAUCAACAUGCUACCAUUGGCUCAAAGGCCAUCCCAUGAGGGUUCCUUAAGGUCCUGUGACAAUAUAAUGAUACAUUUUCCUGUCCCAUCACAGUGGAUCAAGGCCCUCUGGACCAUGAACCUCCAGAGGCAGAAGUCCCUGAAAGCCAAAAUGAACCGCCGGGCAUGUUUGGGGAGUUUACACGAGCCUGAGGCUGACCCUGUCAUUCAGGUCACUGUGGGGUCAGCAAAGUAUGAGAGUGCCUACCGGGCGGUGGUAUGGAAGAUAGACCGCCUUCCAGAUAAAAAUUCAAGUCUCGAUCAUCCCCAUUGUCUGUCAUACAAACUAGAACUUGGAUCAGAUCAAGAAAUUCCCUCUGAUUGGUAUCCAUUUGCUACUAUUCAGUUUUCAAUGCUUGGCAGCUGUGCCUCACGGGCCUCAGUCAGGUCUCUGGGGGUGGAGAGUGACGUCCAGCCACAGAAGCAUGUUCAGCAGCGGGCUUGCUACAACCUCCAGGUUGAAAUAGAAAAGAAGUGGAUUAAAAUCGACGGGGAAGAUCCAGAUAAAGUUGGUGACUGUGUAACUCAGUAGGAGUAGCAAGGGUAAACAAUGAUGACCCACUUGCCAAAUUUGUAAUUCACAGAAGCCACACCAACCAAGUUCUGCUCCUGUAUAGUGGAAAUGACUUCUGAAGCGUGAGUGGGCUUAGGACAGGUCUCUGGCUGUGCUUAGACCUAAAACCAAACAAUUUGUAUUUUAUGCUUUUGUAUGUUCUUGCCCUAGAGGUUUUAUCUAAAAUGUGUCUAUAAUUUGUGUGAUGUUUUGCUUUCUAUUAAAACUGAAACUUAAAGGCACUGUUAUUUGUCGUAUGAACUUACAGCCCGGUUUGGCUAAAGGGCUUUUGAUUUUUGUUUACUCAGUGGGUGACUCUUUUGCACCCUGGAUCCCUAGAUGGUAUGUUCAUUAUUCCCAUCUCUUCUUGCUGUGUUGGCACCUGUACUAGAGAGUAAAGGAGUCAAAGGAGACAUUAACCAAAGUACUUAUUUUCCCCUUUUGCUCACUUGUGAGCAAAUGUGACUAGGUAUAGACUGAUGUGGCAAUCGCAAGCUAAUACAGACAUCUAGUUUUGAAUUAUUUAUCUUCCUGUUCUGCUAUCACAUUGGUAAGCAAUCACUAUCUGUAUUUGGUACCUAUCUUUCCCCCACUGUAUUAUCAUUUUCAAAAUAUGUUGUAUUCUGUUGUGUGCUACAAACAAGCUGAUGUACAU